AUGGCGUGUCAACCUAAACGCUCCGAAACCGUCGUAGUUCACGAGUUCCUGGCCUUUGUUCAACAAAAAUUGGUCGUCAUGGACCAGGUGUCUCUGGAGCAGAUACUGAUGACAAGCUUCACCGAGGACGAGAUCAUCCAAGCGAAGAAGAUGUUAGCAGAUUCAGCCGUGAUCCAAAUCCGUCUCAUCACACGUCACAGGGAUGGACGCGGCGAUUCUUGCAUUCAAUUAGUUUUCUCUUUAUUUGCCAACAAGAGUGCAGUAAGUGAAGGUGUGUUAAUCGUUGCUGCUCUUCUGAGACAAGAAAUAUUGAGAAAUCGUCGUAAAAAGAGGUGUUGGAUCAAAAAAUGGAUAGCAAGAAGAGGAGUUCUUGGAGCGUCUAACAAUCUUUGUGCAGCAUUACAAAUAGAAAAUGAAGAUGACUUUAAGAACAUGUUUCGUGUCAACAGAACCCAGUUUGAUUAUUUAUUAGAUAAAAUUGGUUCUUCUAUACAAAGGCAAAAUACAACAAUGCGUAAUGCUAUUCCUGCUCGAACAAAACUAGAAAUAGCAUUAAAAUAUUUGGCAACUGGAGAUUCGUUUGGUACACUGUCACAAUUAUUUAGAGUACCUAGGUGUACUAUAAGUACAUUCUUGGUCGAAGUUCUUGAAGCUAUUUACUCUGUAUUAGAAGAUUUUAUAAAGGUGAGUUCGAAAUAA